CCACCCUGCCAUGGGCAGCCCUGGCCGUCCCAGCCCGCGUCUCCCUAGUUAGGCCCUCGCUCCUUUCUCCUGGGGGGCAACACGAGCCCUGCGAAAGAGGAAUAGGGGAGGAAAAUGGCGGCUGGGAUCCGCCUACCUGGUGUUCCUAGAUGCCUAAGUCAAAGGAACUUGUGUCUUCAAGCUCAUCUGCCAGUGAUUCAGAUAGUGAAGUUGAUAAAAAGGCAAAGCGGAAAAAGCAAGCAGCUCCAGAAAAGCCUGUAAAGAAACAAAAGACUGGUGAAAGUUCAAAAGGUGCAGCGUCUUCUAAGCAAAGCAGUAACAGAGACGAGAACAUGUUUCAGAUUGGCAAAAUGAGGUAUGUCAGCGUGCGUGACUUUAAAGGGAAAGUCUUAAUUGAUAUUAGAGAAUAUUGGAUGGAUCAAGAAGGUGAAAUGAAGCCUGGCAGAAAAGGUAUUUCUUUAAAUCCCGAACAGUGGAACCAGCUGAAGGAACAGAUUUCUGAUAUUGAUGAUGCAGUAAGAAAACUGUAGAUAUAGAGCCAUACAGAAACUUUUGUCAUUUCAGUUGUUUUCAGCGGUCUUUUUACAUUGGCUUUUGUUUUCUAAAAUAUUGUUUUCCAAGCUACUGUAUAUUUGGAUUGCGAAACGAUUUGUAAGAUGAAUACUUUUUUUAUGUGCAUUAAAAGUGUAUUCUGAGUGAGGCUAUUUGUGUAUACUUUACUAAAAGGAAAUGUGUUGCUUUCACCUCAUGGUGUAAAAUAAACAAAUCAAAUAAUAUGUAAAGCA